GACCUAUUUAUUUAUUGAACGGAGAAGUGCAUGUAAAAUGUUUCAGAUUUUUAGAUUUUCCUCUUACAAGUUCAUCAAUAAUUCAAACAGUAUAAGAAAUUAUCGUAUAAUAAAGCUAUUAAAAUGUAAAUCAACAUGAAAAGUGCAGGAAUUUCUAUUUUUAGCUUUAUUGAUUGAAAGAUAUCUCAUGACGUCAAUGGGAUGUUUUGAAUUGUGAGGUUAGGUUUUUGUUUUGAUUUGCAGUCGAUCAGCUGUUAUCAAUGUCAAUUCGAAUGAUUUCGCAGAGCAAAGCUUUGCAUUGUUAUUUGUUCUUAAUUAUUUGGAUUCUGGUCGUUAUUCUAGUCUUGUAUAAAUAUUUCGAUAGGACUCAAGAUGACGCAGAAAAUAUAAAAGUAACAACCGAAUUGUUCAGUAAUUUGGACAUAGCGGAUGUUAAAACAAAACGAAUUUUCAAAAUUUGUAAUUUUCCUGAUGAAAUAUAUCAAGGAGACGAAGGUAUUUUAGAUAGUAAGAAGUGGCUACUUAAAGGUUUAAUUGUAUUGAUCAGGCAUGGAGAUCGAGGUCCUUUACAGCACGUUAAAAGAAUUACAAACAUAAAUUGUGAUACCGAAGAAACCAGUAUUUUAAGAUCUUAUAAGGAAUAUCUACACAAUCUGACAAUAACAGGAAAAAUACAAUGGACAGGUCCAGGUCCAUUCCACAGUUUUCCCAUAAUGCCCACAUAUCCAAACCAGUGUCAGUUGGGUCAAUUGACGAUGCAAGGGGUCAGUCAGUUACUAAAUUUAGGAUCUAUUUUAAAGAGAAGUUAUCGUGAAGUCUGGCCAAAGAUUAAUUUUAUUAAACCUGAAGAAAUUCUAGUCCAUAGCACAAGAUAUCGAAGAACCUUUCAGUCGGUUUUAGCUUUCCUGUAUGGUCUUGUAUCCAACGAUACAUUGACAAGACUGAAUAUUUUGGAGAGUCAGUCCAUGACGUUUUGUUUUAAGGAUUGUGAAUGCCCAAUAACUGAACAUUUGAAAAAGCAAAUACAGAAGAGUGAAUUACAUCAAUUGAAAUUGCAUCCUGCAGUGGAAACAUUGACAGAAAGUACAGGUAGACUACUUUUUUCUGCCGAUACUGAUAGAAAAUCUUUAAUCAGGGAUCCAAAUGCUGUGAAAGAUGCACUGUUGGCUUUUGUAUGUCAUAGAACUGGAUUACCAUGCGAUGGUCCUAUAAAUUGUAUAAGAAAACACAACGUCGCUGGAAUUAUAGCUUAUACAGAGUGGACCAAUUAUCAAAAAUGGAGGAAUACAUAUUGGCGUCGAUUGUGUUUGUUGAGGUCAUAUGGUCAGAUGCGUCAUAUUGUCCAGCAAAUGCUUCACAUGGUGGGAUCUAAUGGUCCAAAUUUGGUCGUUUACUCUGGCCACGACUACACCCUACUCCAAAUAUCCACAGCGUUAGGGCUAGCCAACGACCCUCUACUCCUCCGAUACGCCUCGAGGAUAAUAUUCGAAAUCUAUCAAGAUAACCGCGAGAACACGAACGACGCCAAAGGCAUCUACUUCCGGGUGGUGUCAAACGGGAAAGACGUAACUAGGGAGGUCAGUUUCUGUCGAAAUAUCAUUGCAGUGGAUAGAAACAACUACGUGUGUAAGAUAGAGGAUAUAGUCAGGUUCCUCCAUGACGAUUAUUUUAGUUCGCUGAAUGUGACUAAUUUCAAGGACGCGUGCGUCAGGAAAUUAGCGAAGAACGCAGAGAAAGAUUUCUUCCAUUUUCGUUAAAGUAUAAAAAGUAUUAUGAAGAAUUAGUUUGUAGAUAAAUGGUUAUGUAUAUAUGUAUUGUUUUAUUUAUUAUUUAAAUCGUGCAAUAUAGUGUAAGAAAAAAUAAAAAAACAUAUAAAUUAAAAA